UACUUGAGUAUCUCGGUCUCUACCUCCGAUCCGACCGUUUUCAUAAACCCAGUUGAUAGGGUUUCUCACUUUUAGAUCAUCACAUCACAUACAUAAAAGUUGAAACUCAAAUCCGGCGAUAUUCCGGCGGAAUCUCCGAUCCGGAGAUGUCUCGGGUGGAGGAUCUGUGGGAGCGUUUAGUGACUGCAGCACUUGGUGUGCAGCGGUCUGGUACGGAUUCGUAUGCUAGACCUGCGGGAGGAAUUGCUGCAAAUGUUCCAUCGUCACUUGCAAAUAACAGGGACAUAGAUGACAUAUUGCGGGCUGCAGAUGAGAUACAAGAUGAAGAUCCAAAUGUCUCUAGAAUCUUAUGUGAGCAUGCUUACUCAUUGGCUCAAAAUCUGGAUCCAAACAGUGAGGGGAGGGGAGUAUUGCAGUUCAAGACUGGGUUGAUGUCUGUAAUUAAGCAAAAACUAGCAAAAAGGGAAGGUGGAACUAUUGACAGAAGCCGAGAUGUUGCUCGCUUGUUAGAGUUCUAUAGACUAUAUAGGGACCGGCAUAAUGUGGACAAACUUCGAGAAGAGGAAUUAAAAUUGAGAGAAUCAAGUGUUUUCAGCGGUAACCUUGGAGAGCUGGAGCGAAAGACUGUUAUGAGGAAAAGGGUUUUAGGAACCCUUAAGGUUCUAGGAACAGUCCUAGAACAGCUGAGUAAGGAGCUUUCACCUGAAGAAGCUGAAAGAUUAAUUCCAAGAGAGCUGAAAGUCAUGAUGGAAUCGGAUGCAGCUAUGACAGAGGAUUUAACUUAUAAUAUUAUUCCUCUUGAUGCCACUACAACGACAAAUUUUAUUGUUUCUUUCUCUGAGGUUCGUGCUUCAGCUUCAGCUUUAAAGUACUUCCAUGGGCUGCCAAAUUUGCCUGGAACUUUUUCCAUACCUACAACAAGGAGUGCAGAUAUAUUUGAUUUUCUUCAUUUUACAUUUGGAUUUCAGAAAGACAAUGUAUCUAAUCAGCGUGAACAUAUUGUUCAUCUUCUUGCUAAUGAGCAAAGUCGGUUUCGAAUACCUGAUGAACCUGAACCGAUUUUAGAUGAGGCUGCAGUCCACAAGGUAUUUUUGAAGUCCUUAGACAACUACAUUAAGUGGUGCAACUAUCUGGGUAUCUUGCCUGUGUGGAGCAAUCUUGAUGUUGUCAGCAAGGAGAAGAAAUUGCUAUUCAUUUCUUUGUAUUUCUUGAUAUGGGGUGAAGCUGCCAAUGCUCGUUUUCUUCCAGAAUGCUUGUGCUACAUAUUUCAUCAUAUGGGACGAGAAAUGGAGGAGAUAAUGAGACAGCAAGUUGCAAUGCCAGCAAAUAGCUGUGUAGCUGAAAGUGGCGUUUCGUUUCUUGAUCAAGUUAUACGUCCACUUUAUGAGGUUCUUGCUGCGGAAGCAGGAAACAAUGAAAAUGGGCGAGCACCUCAUUCUGCUUGGAGAAAUUAUGAUGAUUUCAAUGAAUACUUCUGGUCACUUAAUUGCUUUGAACUUAGUUGGCCAUGGAGGAAAAGUUCACCCUUCUUUCUGAAACCAACACCAAGAUCAAAGAAUUUUCUUAAAUCUACUGGAAGCAGCAAACGGCAGGGGAAGACUUCUUUUGUUGAGCACCGAACUUUCUUGCAUCUUUACCAUAGCUUUCAUCGCCUAUGGAUAUUUCUUGUGAUGAUGUUUCAGGGACUUACUAUAAUUGCUUUCAAUAAUGGGGAGUUUAACUCUAAGACCUUACGGGAAGUUCUGAGUCUUGGACCUACUUACUUUGUGAUGAAAUUUUUGGAAAGUGUAUUGGAUGUUAUUAUGAUGUAUGGAGCAUAUUCUACAUCAAGACGCCUAGCUGUUAGCCGAAUAUUUCUUCGUUUUCUUUGGUUCAGCGCAGCUUCAGUAUUGAUUUGUUUCCUUUAUGUGAAAGGCCUUGUGGAGAAAACCAAGCCAAAUGCAGAUUCAUUUCUCUUCAAAAUUUAUGUCAUUGUUCUUGCCACAUAUGCUGGUGUGCACUUCUUUAUUGGCUUCCUGCUUAGAAUACCAGCCUGUCAUCAGUUGACAAAUAAAUGUGAUCAGUGGCCCCUUAUCCGGUUUAUCAAAUGGAUGCACCAGGAACAUUACUAUGUUGGCCGCGGCAUGUAUGAGAGAACUUCUAGCUUCAUCAAAUAUUUGGUCUUUUGGCUUGUUGUUUUGGGAGGCAAAUUUAGUUUUGCAUAUUUUCUACUAAUUAAGCCCUUGGUGGAUCCCACAACGUUCGUCGUGGAAAUGGAUAUCCAGGAAUACUCUUGGCAUGAUUUUGUUUCUAAAAAUAAUCAUAAUGCACUGACUGUUGCAAGCUUCUGGGUUCCCGUGUUUAUAAUUUACCUGGUAGAUACUCAUAUAUUUUAUACUGUUAUAUCUUCUAUUUGGGGUUUCCUGCUGGGUGCAAAAGAUCGUCUUGGGGAGAUUAGAUCUUUGGAUGCUAUUCAAAAGCGUUUUGAGAGAUUUCCUGCUGCUUUUAUGGAUACUCUUCAUGUGCCUCUUGACAAAAGGGCAUCCAUGCUGGGUGAUGGUUUGGUUAACAAAUUUGAUGCUGCCCGGUUUGCUCCUUUCUGGAAUGAAAUAAUAAUGAAUUUGAGGGAGGAAGACUACAUUAAUAGUUUAGAAAUGGAAUUGCUUCUGAUGCCUAAAAAUUCUGGGAAUCUCUCCUUAGUUCAAUGGCCCCUGUUCCUCCUCGCUAGCAAGAUAUUUAUUGCAAAAGAUACUGCUGUUGAGAGUAGAGAGUCCAGGCUAUCGCAAGAAGAGCUAUGGGAUAGGAUUUCAAGGGAUGAUUACAUGAAGUAUGCAGUUGAAGAGUGCUUUUCUACCAUUCAGUUAAUCCUCACAUCUGUAUUAGAUGACGAGGGUAAGAAGUGGGUUCAGAGAAUCUAUGAGGAGAUUCAUGAAAGCAUAGAGAAGAGGAGCAUAUUUGAUACUAUUGAAUUGAAUAAGCUACCACUAAUGAUUCAGAAAGUUACCGCACUUUUAGGAAUACUGAAGGAAGAACAUUCUCAGAAACAAGAAAGUGGUGCUGUUAAUGCUCUGCAAGAUCUAUACGAUGUUAUGCGAUUUGAUGUCCUUCAUGUUAACAUGAGGGAACACAUGGAAAUAUGGAAUGACUUGUCAAAAGCUAGGAAUGAAGGUCGCUUGUUUCAGAAGUUGAAGUGGCCAACAGAUGUUGAAUUGAGGGCUCAAGUCAGAAGACUGUAUUCACUUCUCACUAUCAAGGACUCUGCUGCCAAUAUCCCUAAGAAUCUUGAGGCUCAACGCCGGCUAGAUUUCUUCACAAAUUCACUUUUUAUGGAGAUGCCAGUGGCAAAACCUGUCCGUGAGAUGUUGUCCUUUAGUGUCUUCACCCCAUAUUACUCUGAGACUGUCUUGUACAGUAUGUCUGAACUCCUUAAAAAAAAUGAAGAUGGGAUCUCAACUUUAUUUUACCUCCAAAAGAUCUAUCCAGACGAGUGGAGGAACUUUCUUACUCGGAUUGGCCGUGAUGAAAACAUAUCAGAAUCAGAACUUAGUAAUAGUGAUAUUCUUGAACUGCGUUUUUGGGCUUCAUACAGAGGACAAACAUUAGCUAGAACUGUGCGUGGAAUGAUGUACUACAGGAAAGCCCUCAUGCUUCAAGCCUAUUUGGAACGGAUGGCAGCUGAAGGUUUGGAUAUCUGUGAUGAAGUGAUUAUGUUUAUUAUAUUUUUUACCUAUUACUCUGCUAGUUUAUUUAUAAUACGUAUAUCUUUAGAUUCCGAGGCUGGGCUUUUAGGGAGUGCAGCAACUGAUACUGAAGGUUUCGAGUUAUCUCCAGAAGCAAGAGCUCAGGCAGAUCUUAAAUUUACCUAUGUAGUUACCUGCCAAAUAUAUGGAAAACAGAAAGAGGACCAAAAGCCUGAGGCUGCAGAUAUUGCAUUACUAAUGCAAAGAAAUGAAGCACUUCGAGUUGCUUUUAUUGAUGAGGUUGAGACCCUAAAGGAUGGAAAAGUGAACAAAGAAUAUUUCUCAAAACUUGUGAAGGCUGACAUCAAUGGAAAAGAUAAGGAAAUCUAUUCAAUUAAAUUGCCUGGUAAUCCCAAGCUUGGUGAAGGGAAACCUGAAAAUCAAAAUCAUGCUGUUAUCUUUACACGUGGAAAUGCAGUACAGACUAUUGACAUGAAUCAGGAUAAUUACUUUGAGGAGGCUUUAAAGGUGAGAAAUCUUCUUGAAGAAUUUUUCCGGGACCAUGGAGUUCGUCCUGCUACUAUUCUUGGUGUUAGGGAGCAUGUGUUUACAGGGAGUGUGUCCUCUUUAGCAUCCUUCAUGUCUAAUCAGGAAUCUAGCUUUGUGACUCUUGGUCAACGUGUCCUAGCAAAUCCUUUGAAGGUUCGUAUGCAUUAUGGUCAUCCGGAUGUCUUUGAUAGAGUAUUCCAUAUAACUAGGGGUGGUAUCAGCAAAGCAUCUCGCGUUAUUAAUAUUAGCGAAGAUAUUUUUUCUGGGUUCAAUUCAACUUUGCGCCAGGGCAAUAUCACUCACCAUGAAUACAUCCAGGUUGGGAAGGGACGAGAUGUUGGACUCAAUCAGAUUGCUUUGUUUGAGGGAAAAGUUGCAGGUGGCAAUGGUGAACAAGUCCUUAGUAGAGAUGUUUACAGGCUUGGUCAGCUCUUUGAUUUCUUCAGAAUGCUAUCAUUCUACUUCACAACUGUUGGAUACUACUUCUGUACCAUGUUAACAAUGCUGAGUGCUUAUGCUUUUCUCUAUGGAAGAGCCUAUUUGGCGUUGUCUGGAGUUGGAGAAACAAUUCAAGAGAGAGCAGAUAUAUUCCAAAAUACUGCACUAAGUGCCGCUCUCAAUGCACAGUUUCUUUUUCAGAUUGGUGUAUUUAGUGCAGUUCCAAUGAUUUUGGGUUUCAUCUUGGAACAAGGAUUCCUGAAAGCUAUUGUUAGUUUUGUAACGAUGCAGUUUCAGCUAUGCACUGUAUUCUUCACUUUCUCAUUGGGUACAAGAACACAUUACUUUGGUCGGACUAUCCUUCAUGGUGGAGCUAGGUACCAAGCAACUGGUAGGGGCUUUGUUGUUCGACACAUAAAAUUUUCAGAGAACUAUAGGCUUUAUGCCCGCAGUCAUUUUACUAAGGGAAUGGAGAUAGUGCUUCUAUUGGUGGUAUACCUUGCAUAUGGCUAUAGCCAAGGGGCUAUAUCAUACAUUCUUCUCACUAUUAGCAGUUGGUUCUUGGCUGUUUCUUUGCUUUUUGCGCCAUAUUUGUUUAAUCCAUCUGGAUUUGAGUGGCAGAAGACUGUAGAAGACUUCAGAGAUUGGACAAAUUGGCUUUUUUAUAGAGGUGGAAUUGGAGUUAAGGGAGAAGAAAGUUGGGAAGCUUGGUGGGAUGAAGAGCUGGCACAUAUUCGAACAUUAGAGGGAAGGCUAAUGGAGACCAUUCUUAGCUUAAGAUUUUUUAUAUUUCAAUAUGGCAUUGUUUACAAGCUACAUGUACAGGGAGAUAAUACAUCUUUGACGGUGUAUGGUUUUUCAUGGAUUGUAUUUGCAGUGCUUUUGAUCCUCUUUAAGGUGUUCACUUUCAGCCAGAAAAUAUCGGUUAAUUUCCAGCUGCUGUUGCGCUUUAUCCAAGGCCUGGCCUUUUUGCUUGCACUAGCUGGUGUAGCCACUGCUGUUGCAAUUACUAAACUUUCUAUCCCGGAUAUAUUUGCAUGCAUCUUGGCAUUCAUACCCACCGGAUGGGGAAUUCUUUCUAUUGCCGUGGCGUGGAAACCUCUAGUCAAGAAAAUGGGAUUGUGGAAAUCAGUUCGUUCUGUUGCGCGGUUAUAUGAUGCUGGGAUUGGUAUGCUCAUCUUCAUCCCCAUUGCAUUCCUCUCCUGGUUCCCAUUUGUUUCAACGUUUCAAACCCGGCUUAUGUUCAACCAAGCGUUCAGUCGAGGGCUGGAAAUCUCUCUUAUCCUUGCUGGGAAUAAUCCCAAUACUGGUGUGUGAUUCACACGUAGGACACGCUUCAUUCUCGAGCAUUUAGGGUGUUCCGUUUUCUGAAUUUGUAGAAUGCACUCUUUGAGGCUUUGCCAGAUGAUGAAUUCCUAAGUUACCAUUUCUAUCAUUGAUAUUACAUUUUAAUUAACUAGUCUUGAGAGUGCUACAUUAAUAGAGAGCUUGAGAGCUUCCCCCACCCCCUGUAUAUAUUCUUGGGCUGACUGGUUUGAAUACCUAGGCUUUUCACUGUCGUUCUAUAGUUCAUUAAAAUGAUUUUGAUGUAUUUUUCACAUCAGUCUUAAGUGACUUUAUUUGCA